CUUCCCGGGAUUUUUGGGAUUUAUCAAUAAGUUUCAGGCAUGUUCAGAGAACAAUAACAACCCCGAAUUUGAGGUUCUCUUCCUUUUUUUCGAGAGCAAAUCUAAGAUUUGAGGUUAGUUCUCCUUGAUUAUUCCUCUAAAAUUCGAUCGCUGAAGAUGAUCUUGGAACGUAUAUUGGUGGUUUGGGUUAUUGGGUUCAGCUGCUUAUUGGCACUUGAGCUCGGAGCUGCUCAAGAGCCUACUCUCGUGUCUGAUGAAGUGGAAGCUCUCCGUCAGAUAGCAACCAAACUGGGGAAGACGGACUGGGACUUCACCGUGGAUCCAUGCAGCGGUCAAUCGGGAUGGAAGACUGAUGCACCCAAAGAAUCUCGGAACGUCGUCGAAUGUGAAUGCAACGCCACUUGCCACGUCACCAUCAUAGUCCUUAAAUCUCAGGGUCUACCAGGCGUGCUCCCGUCAGAGUUGGUUAAGCUUCCGUACCUCAAAGAACUUGAUCUCACCCGUAACUAUCUCAACGGUACAAUACCUCAGGAAUGGGGUUCUAUGAAGUUGGAGAUAAUCGCCCUUCAGGCAAACCGAUUAUCGGGUUCAGUACCCAAAGAACUUGGGAACCUCACCACUCUCCACCAGCUGGUCCUGGACUCCAACCAACUCUCUGGAGUUAUUCCUCCAGAACUUGGCAAUCUAGUCAACUUAAGAAGAUUGGUACUUUCAUCGAAUAAUUUCACGGGGCAGUUGCCGGGGAAACUUUCUAACCUGAUCAGCUUGACGGAUUUCCGCAUAAGUGAUAAUCAGUUUAGUGGAAAAAUACCUGGUAUUAUUCAGAACUGGAAAAACCUCUCAAUGUUAUGGAUACAAGCAAGUGGUUUUGAAGGGCCCAUUCCUACUGAGAUUUCUCUUUUGCAAAAGCUAACGGACCUGAGGAUAAGUGAUACAAAUGGACCAGAAGAAAGAUUUCCACAACUGAGUAACAUGACAAGCUUGAUGACACUGAUGUUAAGGAGUUGCAACAUUACUGGAAAUUUACCUGAAUAUCUUGGACAAAUGACAACUUUGACAACUUUAGACCUCAGCUUUAACAAGUUGACUGGGCAACUUCCAGAUAGCUAUGAAAAGCUGUCAAAAGUGGAUCGCAUAUUUCUGACUGGGAACAUGCUAAAUGGUUCUGUGCCUAGUUGGAUGCAAAAUAAAGGAGAAAGCAUUGAUCUUUCUUACAACAAUUUUACAUUAGAAAGCUCGAGGCAAAUUAGUUGUCGAGGACACAUAAAUUUGUUUGGUAGCUAUUUUUUGGGAAACUACUUAAGUGGAGCUGAUCCAUGCGUGCAGGAUCUUCCUUGUCUGCGAAAUUGGCAUGAACUCCAUAUAAACUGUGGUGGGAAAGAAAUAACUAUAGGUGAUAUUACAUAUCAAGCUGAUCAAGAAGCAGGUGGUCCUGCAACAUUUUUCCAAAGUAAAUAUGACUGGGCAUUUAGCAGCACUGGUUACUACCCGGAUGAUGGCAUCACUGCAGAUGAGUAUACGAAAACAACUACAUCAAGACCCUUGAACAAUCCUGAAAACUCUGAAUUGCACAUGUCAGCACGUCUUUCCCCACUCUCUCUCACAUACUAUGGAUACUGUUUGCUAAAUGGAAGCUACACUGUGAGGCUCCACUUUGCAGAGAUCAUAUUUACAAAUGGAAGAAAUUAUAGUAGUCUGGGAAGGCGAAUCUUCAAUGUUUAUAUUCAGGGAAGAUUGGUGCUGAAGGAUUUCAACAUAGCAGAUGCAGCAGGUGGAAUUGGCAAGGCAAUCAAUAAAACUUUUAGCCCAGUUAAUGUGACAACUGGUACUUUAGAAAUCCGCUUCUAUUGGGCUGGGAAGGGGACAACUGUAAUCCCUUCUAGUGGUGUUUUUGGUCCUCUAAUAUCAGCCAUCUCCAUGGAGCCUAACUUUGUACCUCCUUCAGAAGGUGGGAAGAAGAAAUCAGCAGGUGUCAUAGCUGGAAUCAUAGUUUCAGUCGUGGCCCUUGUCUUUAUGGUUCUGGGUACCAUUUGGUGGAGAGGCUGUCAAAGACACAAAAGCACAAUGGACCAAGACUUGAGAGGUCUAGACAUGCAAACUGGCUCCUUUACAUUGAGGCAAAUAAAAGCUGCCACAAACAACUUUGAUUCCACAAACAAGAUAGGAGAAGGUGGUUUUGGGUCUGUGUACAAGGGUCAUUUAUCAGAUGGAACCAUAAUAGCAGUUAAGCAGCUUUCUUCAAAAUCAAAGCAAGGAAAUCGGGAAUUUGUCAAUGAGAUAGGCAUGAUUUCUGCUCUGCAACAUCCACAUCUUGUAAAGCUUUAUGGAUGCUGUAUUGAAGGAAAUCAGUUGUUACUAGUAUAUGAAUUCAUGGAAAAUAACAGCCUUUCUCAUGCCUUGUUUGAUCCAGAAAAAUGCCAACUAAAAUUGGACUGGCGAACUAGGCAGAAAAUCUGUAUUGGGAUAGCAAGAGGUUUGGCUUUUCUCCAUGAAGAAUCAAGAUUGAAGAUUGUUCACCGAGAUAUCAAAGCUACUAAUAUACUUCUUGACAAGGAUCUUAACCCUAAGAUAGCUGAUUUUGGCUUGGCCAAGCUUUAUGAAGAGGAGAAUACUCACAUAAGUACUCGAGUUGCUGGAACCUUUGGAUAUAUGGCACCAGAGUAUGCAAUGAAGGGUUACUUGACAAACAAAGCAGAUGUUUACAGUUUUGGAGUUGUUGCCUUGGAAAUUGUCAGUGGGAAGAGAAAUACUUCUUUCAAGCCACAGGAGGAAUUUAUUGAUCUUCUUGAUUGGGCCCUUAUCCUGAAAGACCAAGGAAGUUUGUUGGAUCUAGUGGAUCCAAGGUUGGGAUUGGAAUUCAACAAGGAUGAGGCUAUGAAGAUGAUUAAUGUGGCUCUGUUAUGCACUAAUACAUGUGCGCCACUAAGGCCUACUAUGUCUGCUGUGGUGGGCAUGCUUGAAGGCCAAGCCUCUGUCACAGAGUUUGUAUCAGAUACAAGUAUCUCCAGUGUGGAGUGGAGGUUUAAAACUAUGAUGAACCAUUAUUCACAGGUUCAGGAUCAUCCGAGCAUCAGCGUGAGCCAGACUCAGAGUAUGUUGGGCGGAUCAUGGAGUGGGUCCUCUAUGUCAGCUCAAGCCUACCAAUAUGGAUCCCAAAUAUUGGAAGAACAGAGAGCAGUGCAUGAUGGGUGAUUGGAUGUACCUGACAUGUAUAUAUAUGGUGUAUAUUUUCCUCAUUUUUUAUAUGCUAAUUAGAUACAUGGAAUUCCAUCAUGAAAAACAACCGUAUUCAAGUUUUGGCUACUAAAUGAAAAUCGUCUUU